CAAGUCAACAUUGAAACAUAAGUUUAGGAAGGGGGAGUAAUUAAGACCACCUAAAUGCAUAUCAUAAUGUGAAUCUCGAUCGAAAUUAAGAUCUUCUUUUAUUUCCUGAGUUUCUUUUCUUUCCUUGAUGAGAAUUUCAGGUCUCAGAUAAGCCCAACCGAGAACCAAAUGUCAGCAAGCAGCGCUAAAAUUGGAUCCCUUGAGCAAAGCUUUCUUGAAACAGUAGGGGAGAUAUUGACAUGCAAAAAAGUGUAUGUUUCUUCUGCAUUGUGUUUUGGCACCCGCCAUCCGUCAGCAGUCAAUGAAGGCAUUCCUCUUCUUGACAGAUUCUUUGAGAAUGUUAAGACUGUUUGGACCAAAUCCUACGAGAUGGGCCGCAAAGAUCCACGCAAAGUCGUGUUUGCGGCUAAAAUGGGGAUGGCUCUCUCCAUUGUGGCUGUUCUCAUUUUCUUCAAGGAGCCCCUUACUUACAUUGGCAAAAACUCUGUCUGGAGCUUCGAAUUCAGCAUAGGGGCCACCCUUAAUAAAGGGUUCAAUAGAGCUCUUAGCUUGGGACAUUUUCUGCUGGAGGGUUGUCUUUGGGCAUAGUUGAACUAUCUCGGUUGGCGCGCUGGAAGAUGGCAAGAAGUUGUUGUAGUAAUCAUUGUCUUUAUGGCAGCUUGUUCUUCCCUCCCUCCCUCCUUGAAUUGUCUUCAUUAUAAUUAUUAAAAGAAAAGAAAAAAAAUUGGGUUUGAGCAACCCAAAGACCAACCCUUAAGUUACUACUAAGAAUAGCGCAUUAAAAUCUUUGGAAAACAUCACCAUAACAAUCUUGCAGUAACACUACGGUUAUUUAACAAAAUCAGUUCGAGAACCUUGAUUAGCAAAAACCACUUAACGAGGCAGCAACAACCCAAAGACCAACCCUUAAGUUACUACUAAGAAUAGCGCAUUAAAAUCUUUGGAAAACAUCACCAUAACAAUCUUGCAGUAACACUACGGUUAUUUAACAAAAUCAGUUCGAGAACCUUGAUUAGCAAAAACCACUUAACGAGGCAGCAAGUACUAAUCAAGUGACACUUGGUUU